AUGCAGCCUACACAAGGACCCGGCGCGCCCACGGCCGGGCGGCAUGGGCGAGCUCCGGGCAGCUUCUCGCCGCUCACAUCGGCCUCCAACACCGCCGCGUCGCCAUCGGCGUCGUCCUCGGCCGCUGCUGCCAACGCUGCGUUGCAACACAAGCAGCGGCCCGUCUCGCUCUCCCGACGGCCGCCACCGCCUCUCCGGCUCGAGUCGACACUUUCGAGCACAGGGUCCGACGAGGGCGCCAGCAACGGCGCCAGCACCGCCGCCGCCCAUGCCGCCGCGAUAUCGUCUACUGGCGCUCCCUCGAUCAGCGUCGCCAAGUCGCGCCAGCGAGUCGCAUCGCCGGCCACUCCUAUAUACUCACAAUUUACAUCACACGCCAACAACAGUAGCUCUAGCCUGCACAGCUUCUCGUUCUCGCGCCCAAACCCUGGCUCGCCGCGGGUUGUAACCCACGGCUCGCCGUCCACACUACACAAGACGGAAUCUCGCAAGCAUACCGCCACGCAAGGCAUGUUUGAACCCUCCUUGCCGUCAACGACAACCUCGAAUCUAUCACACGUCGGUAUGCCGCAGCAUCACCAGCAGCCGCAGAGCGCCUUGUCCGCGAGCCAGAUUGCUGCCCAAGCCGCCGUCAUGUCCCAUCAAAACACCAUGCACAACCGCCAGCGCUCUCAAACAGUACCGUUUCCUGGAGAGAGCAACGACGGUCCUCGCAGAGGAAGCGGCAGCCGGAUGCCUACCAGCCCACCCACUCUUAGCUUGACCGAGGCCAGCGCGCCGCGCGAUAGCGGCUUUGGGCCACCCGGUGGGCUGCACAUUAGCACGGCAUCAUCCGCGGCCACUACUGCGGCCAACGUAGUAUUCCCCAGGUCUGGCCACACCUCCCCCCGCGAAGCCCAUUCGCCACAGCCCGCCCUUCCUCCGCCACCGCCCAUACCCGCUGCGUAUGCGGACAAGCCGCUCUCGAAAUCGGAAAAGGCCAAGGCGAAGCUCUUCUCACGACCUGUCAAGAUGAGCGCGGCCAAGUCGGAGGGUAAGGACAGGGCGCUUCCAAGCCCCAGCAAGAUUGGGUCGGCAUUGUCAGCGCUGCAGCGCGGCAACUUUAGCACAACGAGCCUGGUCGACUCUUCGGCGCAGUCGCUGUACAGCUUGACAAACUCGUCGACGGCCACAAUCCGACCCGCGGACUCGGCCAAUGUGGAGGAAAAAGGCAAAGAAAAGCGGCAUCAUUUCCUCUCGCGGCAGAAACAAAAGCUCAAGGACGAGUAUCACCUGCCUUUGUCAUCUGCUGCUAGCAACUCGCGGCCCACGGAUCCCAGUGCGCCCAGCAGCUUAUACAACUUUCACCUGCCGUCCAGCGUAGGUCUUUCCACAUCUGGCUUCUCAAAGGUGAAAAAGGACAAAAAGCAUGGCGAGCGGUCCGAUAGUCGGCUGGACAACGAAUCAUCAUUGAAUCUUGCUGGCGAUCUCUCUGGCACAGUUCCAUUCCCUUCGUUAUCGCAGCAAAGCACAUCGUACGACACAUCGGAAUCCGCCCGACUGGGCCUUCAUAUUCCGUCUUCUUUGGAUGAAGCCUGGCCAUACUUAAAAUCCCUUAUACAUGUGGUAUUUCAGGGUGAAGAUGUACGUUUACCGGUGGAAGACAUCAACCGCAUCGUCCAGAUGCAUAUUCAAUAUCGCAUCCACAAGCGAUCGCCAUUGGGGAUGCUUGACGACUUGGGAGAGCUUCUCGCCAAGGGCUUUUCUGCGCUGGAUCACACACUCCGCCAAGCGCCCGAGGACAGAUUCAUACCCACCCUCGUGGAGCUAUGGCUCUUCACAUUCACGUCCAUUCUACCAUAUCUACAGGCCGUCUUUUUGCCGCUCGAGUUGGAAGUGGCUGGUCGAGGUACCAUUCUGACCUACGAGCAAGCUCGUGACUUUUGGGGCUCAGUCACUACAACCGCGGAUAGGACCGCGAAGCCAACGCCUCCAACCGUCACUUUUGACAUACGCCGACUGGUGCUGGCUGCCUACCGCGACGUUGUCAUACUCCCACGCUACGACACGCUCAAGACCAUAUUCUCGCGCCUGUCGCUCGAAUUCCUGCCCUCCUCCUUUGCCAACAUGGCCAUGUCGUCUCCAGCCGACUCGGCCGCCGCCAUGUCCACCUCGCCGCCCGAGUACUUUCCGCCGCUGAUCCGCCCGGGCACCGCCAUGUCCCACGAGCUGUCGGUAGGCUCGUACAACUCGAACAGCACCACGCUCCUCGGCGACGAAGGUAGGGGCUCUGCCGCGUCGGGCUCGGGCGGCGGGCGCAGCCGCGCCGUCAGCAACGUCUCGUACGGGAGCAACGGGAGCGCCGGCAUACGGCCCUACACGCCGUCGAGCGCCGCGCCGGUGCUCAGCAGCGUGCGCGAGCAAAACGUCGAGGACUCGAAGCAGGUCACCGACAUGGUUGGCCGCAUGCUGCAGUGCAUGAGCGUCCUGGCGAGCCUCGUCGGCGGCGGCGCCGGGGAAGCGGAGGUCGAGGGAAAUAAGAAGAUGGCGGAGCUGUGUCGCAUGCUCAAGCUCAACUGGCUGGGCCGCGGGCGAACUGGCAGGAACAGACGCGGCAUGGUUGGGGGACGCGUGAGAAGGGACGAGGUCAGAGAGGAGUUGCGUGUUGCGUGA